AUGAACCCGAGCGGCCAGGGCGAAUUGCCUGGCGGCGCGGCCGCCAUUGAACACAACAUUGAAGAGAAGGAAAGAUCACAACUAGGAAUUAUUACGGACCAGCAACAAGACACCGAGCCGCUCUCUGAGAAGAGUGCUGCUGCUCCAGUUGGCCCAUCUACCCCUAUCUCUGGCCAUGCCAAAUCUCCCACGACUGCUGUCUCGCCAACGUCGCCUACAUCCCAAUCCUCUGACUCGGAUAAUCGUCCCGACCUCUCCAAGCUGGACUCCAAGAUUGUUCAGGUUCGAGACGUCCCAGAGGGCGAUGCGGCAUUGUCCCAUUUACCAGAGCAUGAAAGGGCGGUUCUGAAAAAGCAGUUGGAUGUGCCAGACGUGAAAGUCACCUAUUGGACGCUAUACCGCUAUGCCACAAAAUGGGACAAGGUCUUCAUUGUCAUAGCAUGCAUAUGCGCAAUCGGCGCCGGCGCCGUAUUGCCUCUUAUGACCGUUGUCUUUGGUAAUCUCAGUGGUACUUUUCAGGGCCUGGUCCUCAACAAUCUCACAUCAAGUUUCGAUUCCACUCUAACACGAUAUUGCCUCUACUUUAUCUACCUGGCCAUUGGAGAAUUCUUUCUCGUCUAUAUUUCGACCGUUCUCUUCAUCUACACGGGCGAGCACAUUACUUCGAAAGUUCGCGAGCAAUAUCUGAGAGCAAUCUUGCGACAGAAUAUCGGAUUUUUCGACAAGUUGGGAGCCGGAGAAGUCACAACUCGCAUCACCGCGGAUACCAAUCUAAUCCAAGAGGCCAUCAGUGAGAAGGUCGGCUUGACCUUGACUGGUGUAGCCACAUUCUUUUCCGCGUUUGUUAUUGGCUUCGUCAAAUAUUGGAAACUCACUUUGAUCUGCACCUCCACAGUCUUCGCCAUCGUGCUGGUUAUGGGCUCUGGAGGCAGAAAGAUGGCCGGAUGGAACAAACAGUCUUUAGCAGCAUAUGCACUAGGGGGCUCAGUAGCGGAAGAAGUACUGGCCUCGAUCAGAAACGCCGUCGCCUUCGGUACUCAGGACAAGCUUGCGAAGCAGUACAACAUCCACCUGCUCGAGGCUCGAAGGUGGGGGAUUCGAAGCAAGGCCGCCCUGGGCUGCAUGAUAGGCGCCAUGCUGUGUAUUCUGUUCUUGAACUACGGUCUCGCAUUUUGGAUGGGUUCGCGAUUCCUGGUCAACGGUGAGACUACUCUUGCCCACAUUUUAACCAUUAUUUUUGCCGUCAUGAUCGGUGCGUUCUCCUUUGGCAACGUCGGGCCCCAUAUGCAACAUUUUGCAGCCGGUGUUGGCGCAGCGGCAAAGAUUUAUUCGACAAUCGACCGAGCUUCCCCAAUUGACCCUCUCUCUGACGAUGGCCAAAAACUGGAUCAAGUUGAGGGAACGAUCGAAUUGCGCAAUGUCAAGCAUAUUUACCCUUCGCGAGCUGAAGUCGUGGUCAUGGAAGACAUCAACCUAGUCAUACCCGCGGGCAAAACCACCGCGCUCGUCGGAGCUUCUGGAUCUGGUAAGUCGACCAUAGUCGGGUUAGUAGAGCGGUUUUACGAUCCUGUUGGGGGUGUUGUCCUCCUUGACGGGCACGACCUCAGCACGCUCAACCUGCAUUGGCUUCGACAACAAAUCGCCCUCGUUCAACAAGAACCUAUCCUCUUUAGCCAGACCAUCAAAGAAAAUAUCAAAAACGGACUCGUCGGGUCCAAAUACGAGAAUGAGUCAGAGGAGCAGCAAACACAGCGUAUCAUUGAUGCCGCAAAACAAGCAAACGCUCACGAUUUCAUUUCCUCGCUGCCCGACGGCUACGAGACGCACGUCGGUGAACGUGGUUUCCUUUUGUCUGGCGGUCAAAAACAACGCGUCGCUAUCGCACGAGCCAUCGUCAGUGAUCCGAAAAUCUUACUCUUGGACGAGGCUACAAGCGCUUUGGAUACGCGUUCCGAGAAAGUGGUGCAACAGGCACUGGACACUGCAGCCAAAGGUCGAACUACUAUUGUGAUUGCCCAUCGAUUGUCGACAAUCAAAACUGCCGACAACAUUGUGGUUAUGCAGCAGGGACGCAUUGUGGAACAAGGCACGCAUGACGAGCUGGUAGAGAGGAAACAGGCUUACUUCAACCUGGUCUCUGCUCAGCGCAUCGGUAGUGACGAGGAUGACCAGUCUGUAGAAGAAGCCAUUGCCGGCGAAGCAGAACUCACCAAGAUCCAAUCUACCAGAUCCGGUAGCGCUGGGAUGGCAGACCCCGAUGACGAGAAGCUUGCGCUUGGUCGAACAAGAAGCGGGAAAUCAGUGUCUUCCAACGUCCUCGCCGAGAAAAAGAGGGACAAGGAAGCUCGCUAUUCGCUCUGGACCCUGAUCAUGUUCAUCGCACGCUUCAACCGAAAAGAAUGGUGGAUCAUGUGUAUUGGAUUCUUCUUCACAGCUAUUGCAGGAGCCGCUCAGCCAGUGCAGGGUAUUUUCUUCGCCAAAUGCAUUGUGGCACUAUCUCAACCACUUUCUCUCCGCCACCAGAUUCGUCACGAUGUCGAUUUCUGGUGCUUGAUGUACCUGAUGCUGGCCUUUGUGGAUCUAAUCGCCAUGUGCAUACAGGGCAUCGCCUUUGCCUAUUGCAGUGAGAGCUUGGUUCAGCGCGCUCGAGACGGUGCUUUCAGAAGAUUCUUGAGGCAAGACAUUGCUUUCUUUGACGAGGACGAAAACUCUACAGGCGCCCUCACGUCUUUCUUGUCGACCGAGACCACCCAUCUUGCAUCCAUUUCUGGAGCGACGCUCGGAACCUUGAUAAGUUGUUCGUCAACUUUGAUCAUUGCGGUUGUGGUGGCACUGGCGAUCGGCUGGAAAUUGUCACUGGUCUGCAUGUGCGCAUUGCCUGUCAUCCUCGGGACGGGCUUCGUCAGGUUCUGGGUCCUUGCCAAAUUCAGUGCAAUCAACCAGAAACACUACGAAAAGUCAGCUGGAUAUGCCUGCGAGCAUACCAAUGCCAUCCGGACUGUUGCGUCCUUAACGACGGAGCGUGAAAUCUAUGGCGAGUAUAGGCGCCAGCUUCGAGACCAGUUGGGUGACUCUCUCAAAUCGAAUCUGAAGCACUCCUCGCUGUACGCCGCAUCGCAGUCGGCCAUGUUUUUGGCAUUCGCGCUGGGCUUCUGGUACGGAGGCAAACUCUUGGUCCGAGGCGAAUACACCUUGUUUCAAUUUUUCAUUGUCUUUUCGGAAAUCAUCUUCGGCGCACAAUCAGCAGGUACCGUCUUCUCGUUUGCUGGAGAUAUGUCCAAGGCAAAGAACUCCGCCGCCGAGUUGAAGAAGCUCUACGACCGUCAACCUGCCAUCGAUGCGUGGUCAGACGACGGCGCACCAAUCACUCGAGUCGAAGGAACCAUUGAGUUCCGUGAUGUGCAUUUCCGAUAUCCCACACGACCCGAGGUCCCGGUCCUCCGAGGCCUCAACCUAACCGUCAAACCUGGACAGUACGUUGCUCUUGUUGGCGCGUCCGGAUGUGGCAAGUCGACAACCAUUGCACUGUUGGAGCGUUUCUACGACCCACUUGCCGGUGGUAUUUAUGUUGAUGGUCAAGAAAUUUCGAGCCUCAAUAUCAAUGACUACCGCUCUCAUCUUGCCCUGGUGUCCCAAGAGCCGACGCUGUACCAAGGAACCAUCAAGGACAACGUCCUCCUCGGCGUUGAUCGAGGUGAAAUUAGCGACGAGCAGAUCAUCCGAGCAUGCAAGGACGCUAACAUCUAUGAUUUCAUCAUGUCUCUACCAGACGGCUUUGCCACGGAUGUCGGCAGCAAAGCCGCCUUACUCUCCGGCGGCCAGAAACAGCGCAUUGCCAUUGCCCGUGCUUUGCUCCGUGAUCCUAAAAUUCUCCUGCUUGACGAAGCUACCUCAGCAUUGGACUCGAAUUCUGAGAAGCUCAUACAAGCAACCCUGGAUUUCGCAGCGAAAGGGAGAACCACAGUUGCUGUAGCACACAGGCUGAGCACGAUUCAAAAAGCGGAUGUCAUUUACGUAUUCGACAAAGGUGUCAUCGCUGAGAAGGGCACCCAUCACGAAUUAAUGGCACUGAAGGGAAGGUAUAGAGAGCUAGUGAGUCUGCAGAGUCUAGAAAAGCAGCGGUGA